UCUGCCCGUUUGCAGAGUAGACAGCUUCUGAGUUUGCACCUCCCAUGAAUGUAUGUUCUAGUUAAAAGGUUUUAAUACAAUUUAAAUUAGUUAUUUAUUAAUAAAAAUGAUACUACUAGAAAUAAAUAACAGGGUAGUCGAAGAAACGUUAACAGUUAAAAUUAAAAAUGCACAAGCCGGAUUAAAAAACGAAAGUAUUGAUGUUACUGUAGCAGAUUUCGAUGGAGUACUGUACCAUAUAUCGAAUAUGAAUGGAGACAAAUCCAAAAUAAGAACUAGUAUAUCCCUAAAGUUUUAUAAACAACUUCAAGAACACGGGGCUGAUGAACUGUUGAAAAGAGAGUAUGGUUCGUAUCUAAUUGCUGCUGAGACUGGUUACAAUGUUUCAGUCUUGUUAGAUUUAGAGAACAUACCAGACAAUUGGCAAGAGUUUGUAAAGAAGUUGGGUCUACUGAAGAGGAAUUGUUUUGCUUCAGUUUUUGAAAAAUAUUUUGACUUUCAAGAAAAGGGAGACGAAGGUCAAAAAAGAGCUGUGAUUCCUUACAGAGAUGAUGAAACACUAUACGUAGAAGCGAAAGCAGAUAGAGUAACGGUAGUCUUUUCAACGCGGUUUCGAGACGAAGACGAUGUCGUCAUCGGAAAAGUAUUCAUGCAGGAAUUAAAAGAAGGCUUGAGGGCGUCCCAUACUGCUCCCCCCGUCCUUUUUAGUCAUAGAGAACCGCCCCUAGAACUGCAAAAUACGGAUGCCAAAGUGGAUAAUAAUGUUGGUUAUGUAACCUUUGUCCUGUUUCCAAGACACACAGCAAGAAAUACUCGUGAUAACACUAUUAACUUAAUUCAUAUGUUCAGACAUUAUUUGCACUACCACAUCAAGUGUUCCAAGGCAUACAUUCACAGUAGGAUGCGUGCAAAGACUUCAGAUUUCCUCAAAGUAUUAAAUAGGGCUAGACCUGAGAAUAAGAGUACAGAUAAAAAGACUAUUAGUGGAAGAACUUUCAUAAGAAGAGAUUGAUGUGUAAAUGAUUAAGUGAAACGAUCCAUUCAAACAAGGACUAAAAUCAACUGCCGAGGUUUCAACCUAAACCCUAGCCAUUUAAAAUCGAACUGUUUGAUUCUAAUCCAAUAUACAUAUAUGUAUGUUUUUUUUGUAAACACCUCAUUAACAUCUAUAUCUAAUACCUCGUAUAUUUAUUACAUGUUUCUUAUUACUUCCUACACUUUCAGUAUUGUAUAGAUAAAGUAUAUUUUAAUAUUAGCUUGGAAUGAAACAGUUAUGUUUUUAAAUUUAAUAAAUUAAAAUAUAGUCACAUCUCGUUAAAUAAAUAUGAUAUAUUAGAGCUGAUGUUUCAGCUAUUAAAAGUCGUGCGUCACAAACAGUUAUGUUACAAUUCUAUUUUGCAAAUAUUAAAUAGAUUGCCUGAGUGAGUCCAUAGUAAAAUGAAAUAAACUAAUAGACUUACUCACAAUCAGUUUUAUUUACCCCAAACGACCAGUUCCGCUUUCUACAUUACGCACCUCCGCUCAAAUAGUGAACCAACAGUUAUAGUCCAGUCGGCAAGUACUUUUAGCGACGAAAAAUUCCGAAGUUAAUGAAAUUUUAGGGUGUUGUUUGUACAUGUUUAGUGAUGUCAAAUCCAAGUUUUCGACCUCGAGGAGGUUGUGGAAAAUUUUUGGCGGCCGAAAAACCUCGAAAUUUUCGGACUUGUUUCAGUUUGUUGCUCAUAACUCUAAAACGGUCAAUCCUACGUGAAAAGCUAUUAUAUAGUAAUUUAAAGAAGGCACAAUUUCCCGUCGAUCAAAAAAAAGUCCGGAAUCGGUCCAAUAGAUAAACUUUUACGGGCGAUUAAAAAAUCACAAUUUUUUCUAAUUUUGUUAAAAUCUGGCAUAUCCUCAUUUUCAAAGUGCUGUAGCUUUACAACAUCACUCCCAAUUGCCUACCCCCCUCCCUAAACGUUGUAGAGCAUCAACAGGAGAGUUCAAAAACAACAAAAAUUUUAAAAUUGGCCUAAUUUUUCAAAUUGUUUAUUUGUUUACCCAAAAUAAAUAAAUAUAUUACUGUUCGUUGUUUUUACACUUAUUUUAAUUUAAGUUAAUUGUUUCCGUUAACCACCAACGGAACAAGCCUGUUAACCAGAUAAUAAUAAUGAUGUUAUAUUAUGUACUGCAAGAGGCACUUUUGAUAAAUAAUCGUAAAUUUUUCGUUAUUUUAUCUGUAUAGUGUCACAAAUAAUAAAAAAAAAAUAUAUUUUUAGCAGAAUAAAUACACUAUUUUGUUGAGCUUCAAAAACCUUUGUAACUGGCUAAAAUAGUUAUUAAAAUAUAUAUUAUACUAAUUUUAACAGUUUUUGCUUUUGACACUGUUUGAGCGGAGGUGCGAUUAUAAUAGUCUACCGAGACCUGAUGAUGCUUUGUAUAUUGUAGAGACAGAAACCGCUCGUCUGGUAAACAAAAGUGAUUGUGAGUGAGUAUAUUUGUUUAUUUACAUAGUAUAAUAUGUUAAGACCUUGUUCUUUUUAUAUCUGGCGAUAUUUUAUUUAUUACAGAACACCAAGAAGGAGGGUAACAAUUAUCGACAUUGUUGAAGAAAUAUAUGAAAAAUAAGCUCAACAUUUAAUACGAUCAUUAAAAUCUAAUGUUUCUUCUUCUUUUUGUGCAGACAUAACUAUUUUUUAAGUGCCUCCAGAAAAUUGUUGUUACAUCGGCUUUUUAUUGGGGAACGGUCUAUCGCAGUCCUUACUACUCUAUUUGUUGUCAUAGAGAUAUUUUCAAAAAUCUAUCGAAUGAUACCAAACACGACCCUUCACGGAGAGGGGUGAGGGCAAAUUUAAAAUUUUAUAAUAGGAACCCCGCGAUAUUUCUCGAAAUGAACAUCAAAUCGAAAAACUGAAAAAUACACGUAUUCAAUAUUUUUGGAAAAUCUAUAAGUGACUUUUAUUUGAGACAUUUUUUCGAAUUAUGGAUAGAUGGCGCUAUAAUCGGAAAAAACGGUUGUUGAAAAUGUAAAAUUAAAUUUAUUAUUCUAAAUUGGGAAAUAAGCCACAAUUUAACUUGAAAAAUUAUUUUAUUUGAACGUUUCGACUUCCACUUCGGACGUCGUUGUCAAAAUACAAAAUAUUAAUGAAUUAAACAAAAAUGUUGUUGCUUAGUAAAAAAAAUUAUUUAUUUACUGUCACCAUUGCAUGCGGUUGUCUUUUUAAAGACAGAUCACAUGCUAUGAUUUUUUUGUGACGGAUAUUCUUGAGUUAAAGUUGAUUUAAUGUAAUCGAAUGAACUAUCUUUCAAUAAAGUCGUCCCAGGAACGCAACUCAUAAAUAUUGGCAUAUCAUUUUAAAGUCUUCUACUUUAAAAUGUAUAAUAUAUGUCUGAAUUGCCGAUAUGAAUGAGUCUGAUUAAAUUAUUAGAAGAAUUUUUUACAACAUUUUUGUUUAAUUUAUUAAUAUUUUGUAUUAUGACAACGACGUUCGAAGUGGGAGUCGAAACGUUAAAAUAAAAUCAUUUUUCAAGUUAAAUUGUGGCUUAUUUUCCAAUUAGAAUAAUAAAUUACAUAAAUGCCACAAAGAAAUAGCUUCAGAACAAUAUUGGAAAAUUAAUUUAAAAAAUCGAAAGUCUCCACUAAAAUGGAAAACUUAACUUUAUUGUUUUAGGACCUAAUCUUCACUACCCAAUAGGUCCCCAUAACGCUUUAGUACCUUCAAAUUUAGUAUCCUUUCCUCCCCUACUAUUAUGUAUAGUAGGAAAAAUGAAAUAUUACCCAUGAGCGAUCAUGUUAAAUACAUAUUAUUUUUUAUGUUGCAGAAAGUAGUGAACCAGUAAUUAUUAUAUGUAGGUACUUGCGCUGGCCAAUUUUUUUUGUGACACGGUGACAGAAAAAUACAGCGUGUUUUAUAUAUUAGUUUAUGAGUAUUCUUUUGGAGGUGACUAAACCUCCAAACCACGUUAUGUUUAUUACAUAGACUACUACACUUAUCAGGUUUUCGAUGACUACAUAUAAGCAAAUUAUUGAUAAAAAGUUCUUUUUAAUCAAAUAAUGACAAAUAGUUUUGUAACAGAAUUGAUUGUGAAACAGAAUAUAUUGUAUAUAGAAAAAAAAUUGAAUUGUGCUUCCCCAAAAGUUGUGGAUGAGCACUCGUUUAACAAUAUGUACAUUUUGAUUACUACUCACGAAAUUUUGAACUACAGAGUGCACCCUAUAGUUUAUAAUAAUUAUCUUUAAGCAUUUUGAAUAACAAAAAUAGAAAUAAGAGUUCUAAUCCUAGUUUACGCCAUUUUUCUAAAAGAUUUAUUUACUUUCCUGGUGCACCCUGUAUAGUAUUUUUGCUUAAUUUUAAUAUUUCUCUGGCUGUUUUAUAAGAGAAUGUUUUUGUGAAAUAAUUUAAGUGGUGUGUCCAUUUGUACCAUUUUGAAAGUUGUAAAAUUAUACUUAAAUUUCUUUUUUUUUUUUAACUUUUAUAUUAUGAUUUUGUUUCUUUUUUAACUCUGUUAUACAGAUAUGUUUGUACAAUAUUAUUUAACAAAUAGACAGUAACAGUUGUUCUGCAAUUUUAGAAAAUAAAAUGUUAUUUUAAUGUA